AUGACCAAUGAGCUGGGGAGCCCCACACGCGGAAGCAAUGACAUCCUGCCUAAACACCCCCCAUCGUCCUCCCCCUCAUACCUCCUUGUCCGCCAUUCUCCUACAAUGCCUGCUUACCAUUCGAUCUUCUUGGAGGAUCGGGACGUUCCCGUGAUAGGAAACUUCCCAAUCCUGCCACUCCGUACUCGUACCCGCGGGCCAGCUUAUACCCUGCCCGGACUUCCUCCCAACACCCCAGAUAUCGACGUGGCCCCAGACAGCGAAUCCUAUGACUGCGUGGACGAAAUCCUGUCACUUUUCCGCGCCAAUGUGCUAUUUCGCAACUUUGAGAUCAACGGACCCGCAGACCGCAUGCUUAUCUAUGGAACUCUGUUCAUUAGUGAGUGCCUUGGAAAGGUCAAGCCAACAAUGAGUGCUCGUGAUGCAGAGAAGGCUUUGAUCAAUACCUCCCUGGAGAACUUUGCCAUUCCCGGCGAUGUAUCAUUCCCACUGAAUCAGGCCUUCGAGGCCCCACGCGACCGCCAGGAUGCGGAGACCCUACGAGCAUACAUCUCCCAGGUGCGACAAGAAAUUGCGAUACGACUGCAUGCACGAUUAUACCCCGGUGGAGAAGGCCCGUCUAAGUUCUGGCUGAGCUUCACCAAGAGGAAGUUUAUGGGAAAAAGCCUGUAG